GUAGAGAUAAGGAAGAGGGAGGAGAAGAGGGAGAGAUGAAUAAGAGAAGAGGAGCUGUGAAGUAGAGAUGAGUAUUUUGUCAGAUUUUUGUUUUAUAUCUUAAACCCAUUUGGUCUACAGCUUUUCUGGGCCUCACUGUAACAGGGCACAAUGUUUAAUAGUAAUGAUGAAACUUUACUCGUGUUUCUAUUGAUAAAAAGUUAAAACAAACAAACAAAAAAGACUUUAAAUCCAGGCUAAUGUUGGAGGAGCUUUCAGUGUGUGGAAAUUCUCCCAGUGAUGAUUAUCUAAGGAAUUCGGGCUCAAACACAUAAGUUUCUGCAGCAAUUCCUGAAAGUCGACAGGAUGUUUGUCACUUCAGCUGGAACUCAUCAGAGCAGCUUGUGUAGAUGUUUACUGUGUGUUUUGUGUGUAUUCAGCUUCAUUCCUGCUUCUCCUACAGUCUUGAGCAUUUCUCACGUUGUACUUCAUGGCUGAAGUGACCGACGCCGUGGCUCUGCUGAGCCUCGAGGAAGAUCUGACAUGCAGCAUCUGCUUGGGUCCUUUCAACGAGCCGGUGAGUCUGAACUGUGGCCACAACUUCUGCCAAAUGUGUCUCCAGGAGACUUGGAGCAGUAAGAGUUCUUACUUCUGCCCUCACUGCCGCACACAUUACCACACCAAGCCAGACCUGAAGAAGAACACGGUGCUCAGCGCGGUGGUGGAAACCUUCAGGGCCAAAGCUGGAAGUGGCAUGGGGUCAGACGAAGGGACAGACGGCGUCUUCGGUGCCGCCGGCGCGAUGCGCUUAUCACGUCCCGAGCCCAAACCCCUCAUGUGUGACAUAUGCAAAAAGGUCAAGGCAGUAAAAACAUGUCUGACUUGCAUCACGUCGUUCUGCUCAGAGCACGUGCGCCCUCACACUGAGAACCCUCGAUUCCGCACGCACGAGCUGUGCGAGCCGCCCUCCGACCUCGCGGAACGCCUGUGUCCAGAGCACGGGAAUCUGAUGGAAUUCUUCUGUGCGCGGCACAAGAGGAGCAUCUGUAGCAGCUGUUUGCAGCAGAGUCAUAAGGAGUGCGGGUUCUCCACCCCCAGCGAACAGCGCACGAAGAUCGAGACGGAUCUGAGGGACAAGCUGAACUUUCUGGAUGGGAAAACGGAAAAGAACCAGACAGCCAUAACACAGAUGAGGGAGCAGCAAAACAAGCUCAAGGACAUGUUGGCGGUGCGUAAGCGCGCUCUGGAGGCCGAGUAUCAGCAGAUCCGGGACAUGCUGCAGAGGGACGAGCGAGAGGCCAUGGACGCUCUGGAUAAAGAAAUGGAGAGCGGCAACACCAAGCUCAACACCCUGAUCAAGAAAUUUAACCAGAACAUUGAGCAGAUGAGCUCCACCAGAGAUGAGAUCACCAACCUGUUGGCCAGAUCUCACUCUCUGGACUUCUUACAGGCAUCUGUGGAAUUGCCCUUUGUGGUGAAGUUUGAACCUUACUGCCCUCGGAUCCACCUGGAUUCUCAGCGCGUCAUCGCGUACCGAUCUAACAUUGUGUACCUGAAGGAGCAUAUUAAGGAAAUCCUGGAGAACGGGAUAUUCCUUCACAAACCAGGUGGCGGCGGAGCUUCAGGUAAUCCUCCAAACCCGAGGGAACCUGGUCCUGCCCCACGUGAAGACUUUGGAUCACAGCCCAAAGGUGGUCCUGGAGGAUCAAGGAGGAGACCACAACCGAGAGACAAAAAGGAGAACCAAGAUCACAACGAGCGCAAAGAUCCCAGAGAUCACGAGCGCAAAGAUCCCAGAGAUCACGAGCGCAAAGAUCCCAGAGAUCACGAGCGCAAAGAUCCCAGAGAUCACGACCGCAAAGAUCCCAGAGAUCACGAGCGAAAAGAUCACAGAGAUCACGACCGCAAAGAUCCCAAAGCAGAAAAAAGUGGACGAGGUCCUAGCGAAGGAAUGGAUUUCAGGAGCAUGGACAGCCCGCUUAUUAUGAAUAUCAGACCUCCUGUUCCUGUUCCAGUGGAUACGAGUCCACCAUCAACCAUCAGCCCUGCUAUAAGGAGUGAACUGCUGAAGUAUGCCACCAUGCUCACCUUUGACUUCAGCACGGCACAUAAUCAAGUGGCUCUCUCUGAGAACAACACCAAGGCGUCCGUAUCAGACGAUCCGUCUCCGUACCCAGACAUCCCAUCUCGCUUCACUACGUUUUGGCAGGUGCUCUGUAAUCAGAGCUUUUCUCACGGCCGUCAUUACUGGGAGGUUGAAAUGAGCAGCAAUAACUUCUGCGGUUUGGGUCUGGCGUACGGCUCCAUCGAUCGGAAAGGUCCUUCCAGCCGUCUGGGCCGGAACACGCAGUCCUGGUGUAUCGAGUGGUUUAACAUCAAGCUUUCGGCGUGGCACAACAGCAGCGAGACCGUGCUGACCAACCCGAACCCGAGCCGCGUGGGUGUCCUGCUCGACUGUGAUAACUGCACCGCCACCUUCUAUAAUGUGCAGGACCGCGCCUACCCCAUCCACACCUUCGUCUUUCCUUUCUCCCAGCCCGUGUACCCGGCCUUCUCGAUCUUCUCCUUCGGCUCAUCUCUUACACUUUGCAAACUCAAUAAUUAACACUGCAUUAUAACUGUGUAGUGUUAGUGAGCAAAGUAUGGUGUACAACAGAGAUCUGUGUAUUCACUCUGAUAUAUAACUCCCUAUAUAUAAAUAAUAACUCCCUAUAUAUAAAUAAAAACUCCCUA